GGCUCGCGUUUGUUUUGGCAGCUCGUGCCCAUCUGAUCACACCUGAUCACACAGCCACUACGACCCAUCCUGCUAAUAGCACUCCAGUAUGAUUCUCCUGGAAUCGCACAAUGUUAUCAUCCAGACGACUCUCAACGAGAAGCAUGCCAAACCAUCUUCGGUUGACGUCCAGUUUGUAGACUUCGAUGGCGUGCGCUUCCGUCUUUCGAGUCCGGACAAGGACAACAAGAACAUGCUCCUUCUUUCCAUGAGCAUUCGCUGCUGGGACGAGCUCGUCGCAUUUGGCGCAUUAAGCGUGCUCAAUCGCGAAUAUGGUUCGCUGCUCCAACCGCAGCCUGAGCCUGGAUGGAAUGUCAGCCUCUCCAUCGACCUGCAGCAACUCCCAGCCAAUACAGAGGACCGUGAUGCGUUCAUCAUGUCCGUUGCUUUGCUCAAGCGCAAUGCUCUUGCUGCUCCGUUCGAAGCCGCAUUCACUUCGCAGAAGGGCCUUGAAUCAGCUGGCUCAGGAACAGGCCCAUUGAUGGAGGUUCAUUAUCGCGACGAGGAGGCGAUAUACGUUCAAGCUUCGCACGACCGCGUGACGGUCAUAUUUUCUACCGUCUUCCGCGAAGAGACCGAUCGGAUCUACGGGAAAGUCUUUCUACAGGAAUUCGUCGACGCCAGAAGACAACCCUCCAUUCAGAAUGCCCCACAAGUCUUGUAUUCCAGCCGCGACCCUCCGCUAGAAAUCCGCCAUUUGGCGGACUUGCGCAAGACCGAUGAUAUGGGUUACGUCACCUUCGUACUCUUUCCCCGGCACUUCUCGAAUCCGUCCGUCGCACUGGCCACGAUCUCACACAUCCAACUGUUCCGCGAUUAUCUCCACUAUCACAUCAAGUGCUCCAAAGCCUAUAUGCACUCCCGCAUGAGACACCGUGUUGCUGAGUUCCAGAAAGUGCUGAAUCGGGCCAAGACGGAAGUAGCGACUGUUGAAAAGAAGACCGUGUCCGGAAGGACUAUGCUCAGCCGUUAGAUGUAUCUUAGUUCAGAGGUCAAUUGUAAUCAAUGCAGCAGCGUGUGGAGAUAUGUUUGCUCAAAUGUCCGAUGAUCCAUGAGUCAAGAAACCGAAUGCCAUGAGAUGCCAUGGGACCAAGGGUGCUGUCACAUGACGUCCUAUGGCUUUCCGUGCCUCCCUCAAACGCGCCAAUCGUGCAAUCGUCUAUACCCAGAAUGGCGAGCCCGAACAGGUCCUUCGGGCAGUAACGUUCAAACCGCUCCCGUCUCCGCCACCAAACACGCUCAACAUCAAGUACCUACUUUCACCUAUUAACCCAGCAGACAUCAACGUUGUUCAGGGCGUCUACCCGGCUAAACCCGCUUCCACUGUCUUGAAUGACGAGGCGGCAUUUGUCGGGGGCAAUGAAGGCCUUGCCGAGGUUCUGCACUGUGGCUCUGGGGCUUCUGGAUUCAGCGAGGGAGACUGGGUCGUGAUGACUAAACCUCAGUCGGGAACCUGGCGAUCGACUUCUAAUGUCUCUGUCAGCGACGUCCUUAAGCUGCCUCGGGCAGUGGGUCUCACCGAAGCUCAUGGAGCGACCAUGACGGUCAAUCCACCUACAGCCUGGAACAUGCUGGCGGAUUUCGUGAAACUCCAGGAAGGAGAUUGGGUUCUGCAGAAUGGGGCGAACAGUGCUGUGGGUCAAGCAGUCAUCCAAAUCGCCGCUGCUCGUGGGUUAAAGACCCUGAAUCUCGUCAGGAACCGCCCCAAUCUGGAAUCUCUGGCACAAAGUUUGAAACAACUGGGAGCAACUGAGGUCUUGUCCUACGACGACCUUGCAGACCGACAAUUGACAGAAAGAGUAAUGAAAAACUGGACAGGCGGUAGGGGAUUCAAAUUGGGUCUCAACUGCGUUGGGGGAAAGGACACAACCGCCAUGACCCGAUUGCUAGGGCACGACGCGUUCCUUGUCUCAUACGGCGCGAUGUCCAAACAGCCUCUGGCACUGCCUACUUCGGCCUUCAUUUUCAAAAAUCUCACUUGCACCGGCUUUUGGCAAAGUCGUUGGUACAAGAACCACACCAAGGAAGAGACAGAAAUGGUGAUGACUUCCUUGGUCGAUCUAGUCAGCUCAGGCAAGCUUAAUGCGCCCGAACACGAAAUCCUGGUCGUGAGUGCACAGGAUACGGAUGAGGUCGCCGGUCAGAAAGUUCGAGACGCGAUG